UCUUUUUGCACGCAAAACAGUUCAUUGCAAUAGUUACUGCUAAUAAACAUAGCUUAUGGUGUAUAAUUACUUUUAAUUUGUUAUUAUUACACGACGUUUAAGUCGUGCGACUUUUGUGUCGUCAUUGUACAGUACUUUAAAAUUAUCAAACACAUGCAGUUUAUUGCUACAAUCACCAGGCUAUUCAUCAUUAAUUGAUAAAGAUAAGAAGUUCUCAAACUUUCGUUCUUUACGGUGAAAUUUAUAAUGUCAAAAGCACAUAGUCCUACUGUUUUUAAUGGAGAGGCUGACAAUUUUUAUGACCCAAAUUUUACUUUGGACAUUAACAAAAGGAUGCGUGUACCAAAAAGCAUUCGUGUAAGUGGCGACUACACAGACGAAGAAAUAGAUACAAAUGGUUCCAGCUGGAAUCAGGUGGUUGGAGCAGAGAAAUUUGAAAUGCAUGUUCCAGACAGAAUUUUGGUUGUUGGACAAGAACAACAUGUUGGAACUAAAGCACCACCAAGAGAAAUUACAUUAGAAAAUGCUGUUUUGCCACCUGAGCCAGGCAUGGUUAGGGUGCAGACUCCACCAAGGAUUUUGACAUUGGAUAACCAUUAUUUUCCGGCAGCUGAUGAAGAACUAAAUUCAUAUUCAACAGAAACUAAGGAAUCAGUAGUAUCUAAACCACAAUAUUCUACAGAAACACAAAUAGUUAGGCAUGCUAGAGAACAAACACCUUCAUAUAGCGCACUUAAUGUUUCUCUACCACCUAGUGAAGAGAUACAACAUUUACGUCGACAAGUAGGGAAAUUAAAUCGUCGAGUAAUGGCUAUCGAACUCGAAAUGCUGCAACGUCAACAAAGAGAAAAAAUUAUAUAUGCGUUAACAUUGACGUAUUUAAUUCUUAAAGCUUUUUCAUGGCUAACAAGAAACUGAAUUUGUGUUAAGAAAAUACAAAAGAUUUGCAUCUUGUGUGACAAAUGGUGCUGUUCGUCUAUACAAAUACAAGAUAUUCUGCAAGAGUCUCCCUUAUUGCAAGAGAAAGUUUAUAACCAAAGACUUUAUCUUGAAUGUGAAACAUAUUCAAAGUAAAUGUCUGUAUCGUAUAUAUUCAAAACUAAAUUACUUCUGACAUUUGCAUAAAAGUAUUAUAAUAAAUUUUUAAAUAUCUAACUGAUAAAAUUUAACAUUUAUUAUAUUUAUAUCUUUUUUAUUAUUUACAAUGAAUUGAAACUCUUCCUUAAUACAUACAAGAAAAUUGAAUAUAUAUGAUACUGUUUUCCUUAAAAUAGUUAAAUUUGAAUGUUUAAUAAGUAUGUUUGUAAAAAGUAAUUUGCAUGAUCAAAUAAGCAGAGAUUAAGUUAAUGAUCUAUUAAAGAAUCCAUUUUACAAGAUUAUAAUUGUUUAAUGAUAAUAAACUGAAAACAGAUGUAUUAGAUAUAAUUACAGUAUAUAAUAGAUAAUUGUAUAUUUGUAAAAGUAAAGAAAAUGAUGUU